CUGCUAAGAUCAACACACAAGACUCACCAUCAGUUCUAACGAAUGCUGACCUGGCCAAGAUGGCCAGUGCAGGAGUGUGUUGUGCCAACUUGGAGCACCCUGAGGCCCUGAUGAAGAUGGGGCUGAGCAUGGUCCUUGUUGGCCAUGUUAACUUCUUGCUGGCAGCGCUGGUGCACGGUGUGGUGCUCAGACACAUCAACCUCCACCAGCAGGCCAGAGCCAUGGAGUACGCUAUCUCUAAUGUGGUGGCUCUCACAUCUGGCCUGGUGGGAAUUGUUGUUGGCAUUCUGGGUAUUGUCCUGUCCAAAAACAAGAAGAGCAGAAGUCUGACGUUGGCACUUCUCACUGUCAGUCUGGCUGCAGCCCUCAUGGCAGCAGCUUCAGCCAUUGGACUCUUCGUGUCUGUUGUGAGGGCUAUCAUUCACGGUGGGCGGAGCCUCCUGACUCACUGCCGCUUCCCUGACGCCAUUGGCUACUCCAGCAUCACCAAUGAGUGUCCUUUUGACCCCACGCGCAUCUAUAGUACCACUCUGAUCCUGUGGGUGCCUCUGAUUGUGACUUGUACCAUCCAGUUGAUAUUUUCCGCCCGGUGCUUUUCUGUGUGCAUUUCGUUCUUGGGUCUGCCUUGCUGCCUUCACAGGAAGAAACCUAGAGACUAUAACAGAGCGAUCAAUGUGGUGAGGCCAAUCAAGGAAGCUGCUCCGUCUCGCUAUACUGAACCUCCAAGAAGUCAUAACGAAACUCCAACAUGCUAUUCUGAAUCCCCAAGACGCUUCAAUGAACCUCCAAGAAGUCUUAACGAAACUCCAACAUGCUAUUCUGAAUCCCCAAGACGCUUCAAUGAACCUUCAAGACGAAAUACCGAGCCUCCCAGACAGCACCGCCAACCUCCUCCUCCACAGCAUCUCCCCAGUCAGCACAGAAGUCUUCCUCCCUCAGAGAGGCGGCCUCUUCGUCCACCGCACAGAGAAAGGUCAAACAGAGAAAGGCCGGAAACGAGGGCUGGCAGCCAGCAAAGGGCACCAGAGGAACACCGACUGCUGGAGAGAGGGACGAUGGAAAGGUCCAGCUUCUGGGUUUAGCUGUUUAGCAUUUGAGAUGCAGAAGCUUCUUGAAUAAUGAGAACAAGGUACUGUGAAGGUAUAUGCUUCUAGCUGUAUCAUUUGGAUUUGAACAUCAUACACAACCCUCUUUUAUUAUCAGUGUUUCAAAAUUGUGGGCUCAGAGACUGGAGAUGUUUUAUUUAGCAUUGCAAUGAACCUGAGCUAAUACCUGGUGUAUACCAUUUCUACAUCUUGGAGAUGGUUUGCAGUGUGCAGAACCCUAGUUACUGGACAUGUAUGUGAGUGUGUCUUACAGGAGGAAUUUGUUCAGAGUUCAAGAGAUAGGUCAACAUUUUGGAGGCUUAUUCACAUUUUUUUAGAGUUAGAUCAGAAGCUUGAUUGAUCUUUUUACUCUUGGCAAGUUUGACACAUUUCUCAAACUGUCCAAUCAAGUCCUUAUUUUUGUGUUACACAUGUAAUGGAGGCAUACAGUACAGGAAGUAAUACAGUGUACAGAAAGUGUGUGGGUGUGCCUUCAACCCUCUACCUUUUUUUUUUUUUGUUGAGAGUGAAGUCGUUGGUGUUCCUUGCCUGUUUGAGUAAUUAAGAAUCAGGUGUGUGUGUGUGUGUGUGUGUGUGUGUGUGUGUGUGUGUGUGUGUGUGCAUUUUUUCUCCAGUUAGGUCAAGAGAAACUGGUUACAUGUGAAACUUGUUCUACACGAUUUUUGUAUUUAUUAAGUAAAUAAAGUUUGUAUUCAUAAUUA